GUGUAUGUUAGGGGCUCAAGAGGAUCUCUUCCAUAGAAGUCUUCUUUGUCUUUCAGUAUCAACUUCUUCUCUGUUCCAUCUACUUAAAUUUUCUUCAUGUGAUAGAGAAAGGCACAGGAUUAGUGAGAGGGAACUGAGUUGGUCAUCUGCAGAUCCAUGCGCCAUUGCUGGACCGACCUCCAACCACAUCCUUCAGAUCUUUGCAACUGGUACUUUCAGCUACAAGCUUUGACUAGUUUACAAUUAUUUGGUUUGAUCACCUCUAUAUUCAGUAAAGCAUUCUAAAAACACAUAAACAAUGCUGCAUUGUGGCUGAGAGGUUGAGAUGUGUACUAUUCGCCACGCAGUGCACACCAUAGUUAAAAAACAAAAAAAAGAAGUUUUGUAGCUUCAUGGGAUGAUUGGAUUCUCCAAUUCUUUGGUGGCUAAACUUAUAUGAUUUUAGGAAAUAUCAAGUUUGCUAUUUCCUACAAGCUAGAGUUUCAUAGAGGAAGAUCUCAUGUCAGUAGUACAAGGGAAGCACUCAGGCAAGGAUGAAGUACAUGAAACUUGGAUCGAAACCAGACACCUUCUACACCGAGGAGGCCGUAAGGUCUGUGAUGUCGGAUGUACCAGCUGACCUCAUAAUUCUUGUAAAUAACACAAAGUAUCUCUUGCAUAAGUUUCCACUCCUUCUGAAAUGUGGCCUCCUGCAACGACUCUGGUCUGACACCGGCAACAACGAAACCGGCCAGUCAAUUCCAAUCGCCCUUCACGACAUACCGGGAGGAGAAGAAGCUUUCGAACUGUGUGCCAAGUUCUGCUAUGGGAUCUCCAUCAACCUCAGCGCUCACAACUUUGUGCCAGCAAUUUCAGCAGCCAAGUUUCUCCGGAUGACCGAGUCGGUGGCCAAAGGAAACUUCACCGCAAAGCUCGAGUCGUUCUUCGAAUCAUGCAUCCUCCAGGGCUGGAAAGACUCCAUUGUCACACUGCAAACGGUGUGGAGGCAGUCCGGGUGGUCAGAUGAGCAUAGGAUUGUGCAGCCAUGCCUGAAUUCAGUUAUUGAAAAAAUCCUAGUGCACCAUUCACAGGUCGCAUGGUCCUACACCUACACGAGGCCAGGCUACCCGAAGAAGCAGCAAAGAACAUCAGCUCCCAAGGAUUGGUGGACGGAGGAUGUUUCUGAGCUCCAUCUCGAUCUAUUCCGGUCGAUUAUAUCCACCGUAAGGUCUACCAAGAAGCUCCCUGCAGGGCUCAUCGGAGAAGCACUCCAUGUCUACGCAUGCAAACACUUGCCCAGCCUGCAGGAGAUCCGAGAGCAUGUUCAGAGCUCCUCAGCGCGAACGGAUCACACUCUGAGUCAACACCGUCGAGCACUCGAAUCCAUCGUCAGCAUGAUCCCGACGGAGCCAGGAUCGGUCUCCGGCAGUUUCCUGUUCAGGCUCCUGAAAGUUGCCAACUACGUUGGGGUCUCUCCUUCUGUCAAGGCUGAGCUCGUGAGACGAUCAGGCCGGCAAAUGGAUGAAGCCACUGCAGACGAUCUGAUCGUUCCAUCACCGACAGAUCCCCAGUCGCAUGAUAUCGGCACGGUGGAGGCCGUUUUGGAGAAUUUCUUAGUUCAGUUUCGCCGACAAGAAGAGAACGAGAGGAUGAUGGUGUCCAUGGCCAAGGUGGGCAAGACUUUCGACUCCUACCUCCAAACCAUUGCAAGGGACGUCGCUUUACCGGUUUCAAAAUUCAUCCAAUUAGCAGAAUCCUUACCUGAAAUCGCACGACAGGAGCACGAUCAGCUCUAUCAAGCUAUCAAUUCAUACCUUGAGGAGCACCCUGAGAUGAGCAAGGCCGAUAGGAAGAAGUUGUGCAGGCUGAUUGACUGCCGUAAAUUGUCGCCUGAAACGCGCGCAGAUGCUAUUGCAAAUGAGUACAUGCCAUUGCGCGCGAUAGUGAAGCUCCUGUUUUUUGAGCAAGAAAGAAUUUCUGGAGCCAGCAGCAGUAAAGCAGCUUAUGCUAUCCCUUCCGGGAAUGAGAUUUUAAGUGCCGGGGUAGCUCAGGGCGAUCGAAAGAAGACUAGAGAGGAACCGGAAGGCCGACAUCGCCCGAAGGAGACUCCAUCGCCAUCUGAAGCUAAGAAAGUAAAGGAUAGGAAUGAAAAGACUAGUGGAAUUGGAGGCAAGCACAAAACCAUGUAGGCAUUUAAAAGUUGUUAAGAUUCUUUGGUGAGAUUAAGAAUUAUCAAUUGAGUAGUUCCUUCUGCACUUUGAACUGUCAUUUAAGAGAUUGUUGACAAGGUAAAUUGUGUAACU